AUGUCGAAUGAGGAGAUGGCGACUGUCAGCAAGCUAGAUAACGAGGAAUCCAAGGCGAUGAUCUUGCUGCUUGGCCUGAGACGGGGCGGAAAGUCGUCGAUUUGCAAAGUGCUUUUCCACAACAUGCAGCCGCUCGACACGCUGUAUCUGGAGUCGACCUCGAACCCGACUAUGGAGCAUUUCUCGACGUUGAUCGACUUAGCGGUUAUGGAGCUGCCGGGCCAGCUGAACUACUUCGAACCGAGCUACGAUUCCGAGAAACUCUUCAGGAGCGUUGGAGGGCUUGUAUACGUCAUCGACUCGCAGGAUGAGUACAUGAAUGCCAUAACCAACCUUGCGAUGAUCAUUGAAUAUGCAUACAAGGUGAACCCGAACAUAAACAUCGAAGUUUUGAUUCACAAGGUUGACGGUCUGAGUGAAGAUUUCAAGCUCGAUGCGCAGCGUGACAUAAUGCAGCGCACCGGAGAGGAACUACUCGAGCUGGGUCUUGAUGGUGUUCAAGUCUCGUUCUACCUCACGUCCAUAUUCGACCAUUCGAUCUACGAGGCUUUCUCCCGUAUCGUGCAGAAACUGAUACCGGAGCUGUCAUACCUGGAGAACAUGCUUGACAAUCUGAUCCAGCACUCUAAGAUCGAGAAGGCGUUCCUGUUCGACAUCAACUCCAAGAUCUACGUCUCGACAGACUCCAGCCCCGUCGAUAUACAGUUGUACGAGGUGUGCGCUGAGUUCGUCGACGUCACCAUAGAUCUGUUUGACCUCUACAAGGACUCGCACAGGAGCGACAAGCGCGCGAGCGGCGGCGAGACUACUCCAUACCGCCCCCGAGAGCUCAAGAACGUCGCCCAACUGGGAAACGACGUCAUCAUCUACCUGAAGCAGAUGAUCCGCGGCCUGGCGCUCGUGGCGGUGAUCAGACCCAACGGUGCAGACGCGGAGAGCUGCCUAACGGUCGCAGACUACAACGUAGACAUACUCAAGCGAGGGCUUGAAGAGAUUUGGGCCAAUGCGAGGAUCCCCGCCAAGGACGCUGUCUGA